CGUCUCGUUCCAUGGCAACGAAACGGGACUCUGUGUAGUACCGGAAGUGGAGGGAAAUUCGAAAGAAAAAAAAACCGUUAUGAAUUUUAACCUAAUGUUCACAUUAUUUGUUUGUUUUAUUGUAUUAGGAUAAUUGUAAGAUUUUGUCCGAAACGGAAAUCGAUCCGUUAUUGGAUAAGUCCUACAUGUUUCUGCCCGUUUAAACGCCUGGCUUAUAUCUCAGGGUUCCAUCUCAGGUCGCUAGCUAGUUUGCUAACAAACAUGGCUUGAUGUUUUUUUCGAUGCCGCAGCUGCUUUCUUUUAAAAGAUUAAUGUAAAUGCCUGUUAUUGCUUCGUACGUGCUUAUUAUUUCAUUGUGGCUAGACAGGAAUUUCUUAGAGUUAUCUAGGACUUUUCUAGGUGUUUAGCGAGCUAGCCACAUUAUGUCCUGUAUCAAACAUGAAUUGCAGUGAUUUAAAAAGCAGAGCAUCUGAAGUCUCUCUCAGAUUAGACACCAAACAUGGAGGUAAAGUUCGAUGUGCUGUUGUCGUCCAGUAUCAAGAGGAGAAAACCAUGGCCGAGAUUUUGUUGGCUGGGAAAGGAGAAGGAAGGUGUCUUUCUUUUGGAUGACAAUCGGAUCAGUGAAAUCAAUUUACAAUCAGGACAGACCAAGAAGAAGAUCCCAAAACUGCACCAGUUGCUACCAAGAGUGUUGACAAUGUCCAGUUCUCAAAACGCUAUGUGGCUGGCUGGUAUAUUAGUUUCUGGAGAGGUGUUUCUAUGGGACAGAGACAAAGAUUCCUUGAAGAUGGUCACAUCGGUGCCUGCAGUAUAUGAGCUGGCCUCUGUUAGUAAAGCGACUUCCCAGCGGCUGUCUCUGCUGGUCUCAGGGGAUGGAAGGAGGGUUCUUGUGGCUUCUUUCACAGGACAGAUUUUCCUCUGGGAAUGCCUGGUGCCUCAGGAUCUAAGUAGUGUUCGGGAUAGCACUGUCAAGGGAUGCUGGAGUCAGAUAACUUCCUCUGAAAAUUCAAGCCUUCCCUCUGCUAAAGAUAAGGAAGCAUGUCUUCAUUGCGCGUUUAUCCAGAGCCAGGCUGCAGGUGAUGUGUGCCUUAGUGCUUUUGUCUUCACAGUUGGAGAGCAGCUGAUUGUCACCUUCCUGAAGAUUCAAUGGGAAGAGGCCGGGAAAACCAGUUUGAAAGAAUACUGUGUCGAAUGGGUCACUAAGUCUUACCCUCUCAGCCAUCUUGCUCCUCCAUGUCGGCCUGUCAAGUCAAGAGGAGCACUAGUACCAGCAUUCUCACCUGAUGGACAACUGUUAGCAAUAAUUCUUAAUCAGAAAGAUCCAAGGGCUACUCAAGUAUUAUACAUAAGCACGCAGAACUUUGUGACUGUAUCCAGCUCACUGGGAGGAUGUGGCAGUAAAAAGCUCUCGAUCCCAUCCAAAUACAUAAGGUCGUACUGGGUGAGCUGUGUGAGUUGGUCACCAGAAGGACUCUAUCUGGCUUGUAUAUUGAAGAGAGGCUCUGUCCUGAUGCUGGCCCGCUUAGGAGGGUUGGUCUCUCUCUCCACAAGUGGGUGUGACAUUGAGUUUGACCCUGCACAUUUCCUGCCUCUUCAUCCGUUAGUCACUUAUAGACCUCCAGUGCCUUCACAGCCACCAGAUGAUGCCUUGUCUAGCUCCAGCAUGUCUCUGGGUGACCCGAUGAGACAGCGUUACUCUGUGACCUGGCACCCGAGGCUGCCUUGUCUCAUUGUGUCUGAUGGUUACAUGGUGACGGUGCUGAAUAUGUCCAGACGGCCUACCCCGUCCUCGCUGAUGAGCCACUUCCUGAUGGAGACCACUCAGGCGCUGGACAGAGUACGCAAGACCAUCCACUCAGAGCUGCCCCAUGUGAAGUCCAGACUGAAGUCCAUGACCACUCUGAAGUUCACAGCUAGUCUUUUGGCACUGAAAGAAAGAGAGACACCUCAAUCGACGCUGCCUCUAUUGUUCAGAGGUGGAGGAAGCACAGAAGGCUUGAGGCUAACGACAGAGAGGAUUGAGGACGAUGAUGAUUCAGACGAGGGGCAUUAUGACGGCUCGGUUAUGGAGGAUGGGGGCAGGCUAGAAUUUGCUUCAAUGUUUGACACCCUUCAUGCCCGUUUUCAAGCCGAGUCAGAAGAUUCAGACAGAGAUUCCUCAGCUCUCUUGGAGGAGCUCACCAGGGCACAGCAGAGUUUGCUAACUGCCUGGGCUCUUGGUGUUUCUCUUGGUGGUACUAUGGAUCAGAGAAAGCGCUUGCUGAAUUACACCAUCUCAUGCGCUGUUCGUUUGGCUCACCUUCUCUCGAUUGCUGAUCCAUUAAUACAUUCUUACAAACAAAAUAGUGUAAUGGAAUUUCUUAGGGCUCUGCUCUCCUUUCUACCCUGGGAUUCCACUCACAGAGAUGGCAACAGCUGCCUAGGGGUUGUUUUGGAGCUCACUCGACAGCUUGUUCGUCUUUUUCUGCCUAAGUCCAUGCGCACUGUUUGUUCCUCUCAGAACUUCAUGGCAGCACUUUUUGUCCUCCGGGAAGCAUCCAGGAUUCUGGACCAGACCUACAGUCUACCUCAGAAAGCAGUCCAGCAAGCAAAGGUUGAUCCUUGUCUCUCAGACAUCUUCUCAAUCCCACUGUUACAGGAUGAUGUGGAGGCUGAAGCUGUGGCCUCUCAGAUAUCUGUGCUAAACAGACCGUCAAAUAGGUUGGUGGCAAUAUGGCGAGACAUCUACAAGCAAGCUUUGCAGUACCACGACGAAUUACGAAGUGAUAAAAGUACAGCGAGUCAAAAUAGGGAACUGGAGAGCAUGUCAAACAUCAUUUUUCAAAUCCAAGAAUCACUACAGAGAGCUGGAGACCAUCUGGAGGAAAGCCCUGCCCUGUACAACAUAACAGGAGAGGAGCACUUCAUUUCUGGUGAGUAUAGUGAGUGCAUCCAGAUUUGGCGAGACCAGCUGUGGGAAGAGAUAGCGAGAGCAGCUGGGCCAAGGACAGUCUUUCUGGAGACACGCUAUUGUCUGGCUCUUCUGUUUGGCCAGCUGUUUCAGUAUAAGCUUAGGGAGGCCCAGGCCUUGUGUGACACCAUGGCCAAGCAGCUACUGACAUUAGAAGAUACUGUAGAAGCGACAUCUGCAGACAAGGCUCAGUUUGAGCUGUGGCUCCCGCAGCGGGUGAAUAGUGAGGCUGCCUGUGCUGUGGUCCAGUCUCUCGGCAGGUUCAUGGCAUCCUACUUUACCAACCAGCCGCUAGCUAUCUUCCCACCACACCACGUGGAUAUCUUGCCUCCUCUACAUCUGCCACAGGCGGCAGGACGACGCACAGUGGCUCUCUGUCAGCGGCAGGUGGCGGCCACUGUGAGAUCACAGCACCUCUCAGGUGUAUGGACAGUGGAGUAUGCUCUGGAGCUCCUCCUGCUGGGUGGGCUGAUUCCUGAGGCAGCAUGGUUGGCUCAGAGUUUGGGUGAUUGGAAGAUGGCUGCCUCUCUUGGUCUGGCUUAUACCACCUACUGCAGACUGCACUAUGAUUUCAGCAGGUUGAAAUGGAGAGAAUUGCACCUUCCUGCAGAGCUACAGCCUGGCUUUAUUUUUCAGACUCAACUUGAGUCAUUACUGGACUGCAAAGUUUCAUAUGACAGACAAGACAAGGCCUUGAAAAGUCUUCCUGAUAUUGUGGAGCUUGAGGACAUGGAGCUGCUCCACGUGUCUGCUCAGGAGAUCCUGAAGGCCUCAGUCAUGGCAGAGGUGGAUGUUGUAUCACAGCCUCUCACUAGGCUUUUGGAAUCAGCCAAGGAGCAUGCCUCUUCAUUCACUGCUCUGGUUCCUCCUGCAUUCUACCUCCCUGCCCCUCCUUUGUACUGUCCACAACCUGCCCCUAACACACAGGACUCCAUUGGUGACAUCUUUAUGGCUUUGGAGAAGGAAUCACGUUGCCAUGUAGCUGCAGUGUUACAACGAGUGCUGUUGCUGUUCAGAGCUGCUCACUGCUCCCGACCCGCUGUGCAGUGGUACAUCGAUGGCCUGCGUCGAUGCCGCAAACUCUUUCGCAAGGUGAGGAAGAGACACAUGCAGUCUAAAGAUGAGCUUCCAGAAGGGUUAAAAAAGUUUACUAAUCGCCAUGGGUUUUUCCGUUUGAGGUCCGAAGACAUGGAUAAUGUUGUCAUCCAAACAAUAGUAUGCUUUAGGGAAUUAUGUGGGCUGUGCUGGAUGCUGCAUGUUCGUGAUCAGCUCACAGCCUCCUGUAGAAGGUACCAAGCUGCAAGGACCUCUCAGGUUGCAGAUAAUAGUGCUUGUGAAUUGCGUGAGGAGGUCCUGCAUUGGGCUUGCCGUCUCAUGCCUUUCUCUCGCUUCCUUAAUGCUGAAGAGACAUUACAGGACUUGGUGCUCAGCCUUGUGACUGAGCUGCCUCUUUUUCCAAUGGUGGCAGAGACAUUAGUCACUGUGUUUCCCGAUGAGGAGGAAUCUGUCCGGGUGCCUCUAAGAGAGAAGUACACCUCACUGCUGCAGAGGUUAAGAUCCAGCAUUGUGCAGGGUUCUGCAACAACACAAGCCACACAGGCAAGCGAGAUGCAAGAUGAAGCAGAGAGAGCGACAAUGAUUUCGCUGAUUCAGGAGCAGCGGAGGCAACGGGUUCGAGAGGUACGCCGACUGGCAAAGAGCAAGAUCCCACUAGAGUGGCAUAUCUGGGAGAGGGAGGAAGAGGAGGACAGGACAGGAGCCAAUGCCAUAUCUGACCGGUUCUCGUGGUGCACUAGCCUGAGUAAUAGCACACUCACAGACUCUGAGCACCCCCUAGUGGGCAGUGAGGCUGACACUGCUGAUACAAUAUCAGAGCCUCAUUCAUCAGAACUGCAGGAACAUCACAGCUUUGUGUCACCCAAACCUCAGAACACAUUGAAAUCAAAAUAUGAAAGAAAAAGAGAAGGAACACUGCAAGAACAUAAAGAUUUCACCUUACCCUCUGUGGGGACUUGGUUGUUUGAACUUGAGGAUGAGGAGUAUCCAUGCUUUUUAGAGCUUUUCCUAAGCUAUGUGUUGGAGAAGGACAGCCAGGACAUGGAGGAAUCUGAGCUUCCUUUGCUGAGUAGCUUCUCUUCAUGUCUGCAUGAACGUGAGCUUCACUCUGAUGCUUUUGAUGUACUGACAGCACUCAAAAGACGACAGGCUGGCCGAAAAAAAGGUGUGCGGCUUCCUGUGUUCCGUGCUGGAAGGUGCUAUCACAUGCUUCCUGAGACUCCUGAGCCACUGCCCUCUAUAGGUCCUCCUCCAUCUGUCCUUAGUGAAACUCUUACUGCUCGAACCAGCACUGGUGCUCUGCCGCUUCCUGGAAAACAGCCAGGUUUGUUUGGUCUUCGACGACAGAAUGGGACACCACCCAGACAGCAUGUACUAACCACAGAAUCCAGUCCUUUUGGGAACUUAAUCCAAGGGAUGCCUCAAAUGGAGCACUGGCCCUUUAAGAUAAUCCCCUGCCCUGAUGUGGACCUACAGCUGGAGCUGGACUCCAAAUUGGAGGCCCAGUUUCCCCAGCUGGCCAGGAUGUUGGAAUGGAUGCUGCGCUGGGCAGACAGAAGUGUCUUGCUCACACAUUCAAGCAGGAAGAAAACAGGGUGUGCCGCUGAGCCAGUGGUGAUUAGGGCUAAAGCCUCAGCUCCUGCAGUGCUUUCUGCUCUGAGGCUGCUAGAGCAGAGAUACACCAAAGCCCUAGUGAGGACUGACAAGCGCUAUAUUCAGAUUAGGCUCCCAGAGAGGAAAGCUCGAACCACUGUGGCUCCAGUCCUGCCAGUUGAAAUUGAUUGGAAGCGUGAGAGAGAAAGUAGCGUGGACACUGGCUAUCCUUCUGCCUCAGCAGGGACUCCCAUCACCCUGCCUGAUAUGGACCCCCAGCAUGGACACACUUCUGAGGUAUGUGAAAUUGAGGAGCUUCAGGAUGAGCAGAGAGUUUCUCACUUGUAUGGGCAUGAGGACAUAAUUUCUGACCCGGCGAUAGAAGAACGAAAUGGUAGAAGAGUGAAUGAACCACUCCAAAUGACUGAAUUGGACAGUGACAGUAGUGUUGAGGAGAUCCAAGAAGACUCUUCAACUGGGCCAAAUAUUUCAGUACAGAUCAGGAAGAAGACCAAAACCUGUAACCCCAGAAACCAGCCUUUAACUCUGGCAGAUUUAGAAUACUCUAGGACAUCUGUUGAAUCCUGUGAAUCACACUCAAAGGAUGUUGGCACAUUGGAUACUGAACCUGCAGAAUCAAGAAAGGAACCAGAAUAUAGUCCUGUACAUAAUACUCCUGAGCCUGAGCCUGUUCAGCAAAGAAAGCAGCAGCUCCCCUCUGUGUCAAAGCCUCCAGCUGAACUGGGGAAUGUAAGCCACCCUCAAAGUGUCCAGAAUGGAGAAAUGAUUCAACCUGAUCCAGUCAGGCAGCUGCUUCAGGAUGAGCUUUUCCGAUUAGUCCAAUUGCAGCAAAUCAACUUCAUGAGUCUUAUGCAAGUGGUGGGAGCCUCCUUUGCCAACCUGCCCCUCUCCCAUGUCAACACACUCCUUUCACAGCUCAGUGUUCCUGCAACACAACCUUCACAACUUGCACAACCACAAACUCAGCCCACUGUGGCUCAGUCCUCAGGUCCUCCUCCCAAUGAUACCCAAAACACAAGAUUAGAGAAUAAGCCAGACACUGUCUCUGAGCUACAGUCCAUGAAACCCAGAGGUGCACACCAACAGUAUGUGGAAGCAGAUCCUAGACUGAAUAGCCAUGAAGAAAGGAGUAGACUCAGCCUACAGGAUCUCCAACAUCUGACCAUUUGUCCUGAUUUGUCACAGAAUAGCCAGGAAGAAAGAAGUCAUUUUAUUCCAUCCUCUCAAGGACUUCCUACCACAAUAGACAAUUCAGCCCCACAACAGGCACCCCAGCGGAAUUGUCCCAUUGAAAAGACUGUUCCGAUUAUACAGGGGCUCAGGCUUCUUCACUUGCCCCCUCCUCAGUCUCCUCCUCCCCCAGUGAGAGAGGCCUGGGGUCCCAAUCAGCACAAGCCUGCCAUGUACAGAAGAUCUGAAAGCUUUAAGAGGCAAGCUGAGCAAGCUCAACCCCCACAAUGGAAUCUAAAUCAGUACAGCACACAAACUCAAGCGUACCAUUCAUUACAUAGAGGGAGAGAACGAGAGGCAGUCCACCUUCCUACUGCUCUCAAUGUGGCAGUGGCAGAUAUGGAGCUCCCGCUGCUGCGUUUACCCCCUGAUAUCCAGAUGCAACCUAUCCAGCUUCCCCGGAUCCCUCUGUCGGCUCCCUUGAGGCUACGCACAGCAGGAACUGCGUCCACGAGAAACUUUCCCAAACCACAAUUACUGCGUGUUGAGCCUGAGCCAUCUCGUACUGGUUUGAGAUACAGCACACCUCCACUGCCCACUCCUCGACUCAUCCCUCUAGGGGAGCUGAUGGCCUGGGCAGCAGGAAAAAAACAGGAAGCGAACACUAAGCUCCAACUUCUCAAGGCAGAUACAGGGACAAAGAGCAAAGUCACUGUCACGCCCUCCAGCAAAAGGCUUAAAAGGAGAGAAGAUAAAAAGAAAGACGAAAAGGCUGUGUCCUUCAGACCAGAUGAUUCUAUAAUUCCUCCAUCUCAGAAGCCUGAAGAAGACAGAUCUACUCCAGCUGAUGGCUUUGUCAUUCCAUUAGGUUCCUUCGAGUCAAUGUUGACUGGUCAGAGGCUGCUGGCCGAAGCUCAGCGCACAUCAGCAGAGCUUCAUGCUUUUGCAGCAAUGCACAAACGACCUCCUGAAAUCCAGGAUGCCUGCACCAACACAGACCCUCCCUCACCUUGCAGCACCACUGAUAAAGCUGUUUCAGCCCAGCUUCCUCAGUCUUCUGUUUCUCCAUCAGGUUCUAUACAUAUGGACAUUAAUGUUUGCUCCUCUGAGAAAAUGGUUCCAGAGCAGCCAGUGGGCACAGGUCACACAGAGCCAAAAGCCCAUACGAGUGCUCAUGGACAGGAGUUCAUCAGUGCAAUUGAUCCGGCGGAUAGGUCUCCUUUACAGGACCUGCCCUCUUCCCAAACCCCUGUCCAGAGCCAACCCUGUUCUCCACCUACAUCUGCUCACCUUCAUCUUCUAGCAGCUUCUGUGAUCAACUCAAACCAGAACAACACUGAGAUCAGAACAGAAGAACACACUGACGACUUGCCAGGUUUUUCACUAACAUUCACUCCUCCUGCACUUGUGCUCUCAAUGCCAGAAUCCAGUGGGGAUCCAGUCACUGUAAAGGUGCUGAAUGAAUUUGGGAUACAACAGGAGGCCAUGCCAGAGGGCCAUUCGGAAGAUCGUGUGUUUUCUCAGCGUCAGGUCUCGGCUCAUCUCUCUGAGAUGGACGCCCGACUGGCAGCUCUCCAGAGUAUCGCUGACCACAUGGACAGAGAAUUUGCCAACACCAGGCUGCUGGUAAAUACUAUAGACGCUCUAACACCUGUUGUGAUGGCCAGUGUGGAAGAGGAGCCUUAUUCCAGCAUGCUGAGAGUUACAAAGGAAGCAAAGAGACGCACGACUCGAGUGAACAUGGUUGAAGAGGAAGAUGAGCAGGAUGAGGGACGGUUUUUGUCUUUCACCCCCAAUGGUCUUAAUCUUCCAAGUCAGAGGGGGUGCUCGUCUCUCUACCCAGCCUCACUGUCCAUCCAGAACCCGGUCCACCAAAACCACAUUACUCCUGCAGUGAAACCAGAUCAGCCUCUCGGGGAUGUGAGCCAAGAAUUGACUGAAUCAUUGAUGGAGGAUUCAAGCCUGCUAGAUGAAAACAUUUUGGAUCUGACUGGACUGAGUGAUGUUGCGGACAUCUUGGGUGAUUUAGUGAAAGAAGGGGCGCUCUCACAUUCAGCACUCCAUCACUCUCCCUCGGUGAGCAGGACGAGAAGCAGGUCAGAGGAGCAGCAGAGGAGAGCCAUGAUAGAGGAGGAGAGGAAGGAGCUGAGGACCUGGAUGAGAAGGAAGCAGAGAGAGCGACUGGUUGAGUACCACAGACAGAGGGAGGAGAAGAGAGAGAGGGAGCGUGUUCCCUUCACUCCUCCUAAUCCUCUGAAUCUGUCAUCUAGAGACCUGGCAGUCAACAGGAAAGUUAAAGAAGAGAAAGACAAGGCAGUUCUUCUGGAGCAUCACUCCCAGAGAGCACAGGAGGCAUGCAAGCUGAUCACAGACAUGCUUACUACCCCACUUGUCCUCCCUGCUCCUUCCAACACCACCACCACCAAGACCCAAGACUCCCGGCCUGGGAGUCAGACCCAGUUUAAAGGUCCUCUUAAGAAAAGCCCUAAGAGCCAAAGGGGACGAGUGCGCUCGGUUUCAACAUUUGGGAAGACUGUAGUGCUGCAGAAGAGAGGUGCAUCAACUCCACCUGGGAUGCUAAGCAGCAAAUAUGGACUCCAUAGACCUGCGAGUGCGCUUCCAGGUGACCGGAUGUCCCAGGUCACACGGCGAGGCAUGCUGACAGAUCUGAGAGGUAGACCAAGGGUGAAGACAACCAACCAGCGCCCCAAAACUGGGUUAAAUAAAUCCUCAAUGGAGCUGAAGACUAGAAGACGAGAGGCAUCAUGGUUAGAGGACAAAGAGGAAAGGGAUGUGGUGAGUCCGUGGGACGUUCCUCUUGAGAUCCGUAGAAUUCUUGGUCAGGAUGGCCGAGCCAAGGAACAGGGCUUGGUGGAGAACAAAGAUGACUGGUUGGAUGCCCUUUCAGGAAGCACCGGCAGCAUUUUGAGUAAGAUGGACUGGGAAGCCAUUGAGAGGAUGGCGGCUGAAGAAGAAGAAGAAGACAUCUGACUUGAUGAGACUGAAACUAAAAAAGCUUUAAAGUUGUACAUGCACCUAUCAGCUGUGAUUGUUGUGUGUUGUUAUUGCUUUUUUAUAGGGAUAUAUGAGGGACUGUGUACAGGGUAAGCACACUUCAUUUCAAUGUUCCAUCAUAUCAAAUGCUGGAUUUUUUUAAUAGACAAUUCUAAGGUACACAUGAAGUGAAAUAAACCGAUGUAAUUGAUGUAUUUUUUUUUUUUUUUAUACAUAAAGUAUAUUUAUUUCUCCUACAUUCAACAUAAUCUGCUUUAUUCUGGUACGUGAAUAAAAAUAUAAAAGUCUAACAAAAAAAAAGAUCUGGGGUUGCGGCAUAAAAAUUGUCAAUUAUGAUUUAUAUGAUUAUAUGAUUUGCAUUGAGUAUAUUUAUUAAAAGUGUAUUUUCA